AUGGCCAAGCGGCGUGGGGAGCCCUUAGUGUGUCACGUGCCCGUCAAACGGCCUCUGCGCGAGCCGCCGCUGUCCCGCGCUCCUGCGCCCGAGCGGCGACCUAGGGCCGAAGGGGCGGGCGCCGGCCCUGCCGCCCCGAAGCGGAAGCUGGAGGAGGCUGAGGCGCCGCCGGGCAAGCGGCCCGCGCUGCGCGGGUGCAGCCCUCGCGGCGAGCAGGGGGACGUGGGGGGCAGGCGGCGGCGGCGCGGCGCGGCUACGGUGCACCAGGACCUGCGGACGGAGGAGGGACGCGCAUUAGGCGAGGGCAAAGAGCACUCCGCCAUCGCUGAGCCAGAAGAAUUCUGUCAGUAUAACUCAUUCCUCUAUUGGAGAACACCAUUGCCUGCUAUUGAUUUGUCUGAUAUUCAGAACAUAGAUGGAGAGACUCCGUCAGAAACUAAAACCCCUCCCAAGACUGAUACCAUGGAGACUGAAAUGGAAACCUGAUCAGUUGUUUCAUGGUUGUACAUCUACUCACAGGAAACUUGUUUCCAUUUGGAUUCAGGGUUUUUUUUUGCUUGGAAGAAAACUAAGCAUGUUUCUUGCCUUCUUGAAGAAACAACAUUAUGUCAGUCUGCAAAAGGAAGUGUGAGUUACCUAAGUGGAUGGGAUAAUUACUGUUGGGUACUUAAUAGUAAGCUGUCUAGAGGUG